AUGACUUUUGAAAAGAUAAGAAAAGAGAAAGAAAAGGCAAAACAACCAAAUGAAGAUAUUACCAAGAGACUAAAAAAACAAGGCAACAAAAUUGCAACAACUACUACAAACAUACUUUUUCAUCAUUUAAUGAUAGAAGAUAUUUUUGAAAAUACUCAAACACUAAGUCAUGAAGAUAAAGAAUUAAUUAGAGGAGUAGUUGAAGAAGAAAUGACAACAGAAUGUUUGACUCAAUAUGAAAAACAAAUAAGUUUCUUAAACAAAUCAAGAGGUGUAGUUUUGAAUGAAAGAAACACUACAUCAAUGAGUGAUAAAGAAAGUUGUGUUAUACAUAAAGAAAAAAAGAUUGAGGAGAAUAACGAAAGGAAUAAGCACAAUGGAAGAAAUGUUACAAAUAGAAGAAUGGACAAAUAG